CAUUGUGAGUGGGGUGAGCAGUGGGAGAAGUUGGUUAUGGAGAUACUGAGGACUAUCACUUACCAGCAAAGCUCAAGGAUGUGCGACCAGCCUCUCGGCAAGUCCGCGGAUCACCGCUUCAGCAAGAGACAGGAAGAGUUAACUUACUCCAACACGGAGAUGUCCAGGAUUAUAACCGACCCCGCCACAGGCAAAUGUUACUGCAGAGGAAAAGUGUUGGGAAAGGGAGGUUUUGCCAAAUGCUACGAAAUGACUGACCUGACUACUAACCGCGUCUAUGCUGCAAAGAUUAUCCCGCACACAAGAGUGGCCAAACCCCAUCAGAGGGAAAAAAUUGAUCGAGAAAUUGAGCUGCAUCGAACGCUUCACCAUAAACACAUCGUUCACUUCUACCAUCACUUUGAAGAUAAAGAGAAUAUUUACAUCCUUUUGGAACACUGCAGCAGAAGAUCAAUGGCUCAUGUACUGAAAGCUAGGAAGGUGCUGACAGAACCAGAAGUACGGUACUACCUCCGGCAGGUAGUAUCAGGGCUGAAGUGCCUGCACGAACAAGGAAUCCUGCACAGAGACCUCAAAUUAGGUAAUUUCUUCAUCAAUGAGUCUAUGGAACUGAAAAUAGGGGACUUUGGGUUAGCGGCUAAAUUGGAACCCGUGGAGCAAAGGAGCAGGACUAUCUGUGGCACACCAAAUUACUUGUCUCCUGAAGUUCUCAACAAGCAAGGGCAUGGCUGUGAAUCUGAUAUCUGGGCAUUAGGCUGUGUAAUGUACACAAUGCUGUUGGGGCGACCCCCAUUUGAGACAACCAACUUAAAAGAAACUUACAAAUGUAUAAGGGAAGCAAGAUAUACAAUGCCAUCAACAUUGUCACUAUCUUCCAAACAAUUGAUAGCCAGCAUGCUUGCAAAAAACCCAGAGGACCGACCAAAUUUAGAUGACAUCCUGCAUUAUGACUUCUUCACUCAGGGAUUUACACCUGAGCGACUGUCACAGACCUGCUGUCACUAUGCACCAGAUUUUCAUUUGUCCAGCCCUGCCAAGAACUUCUUCAAAAAGGCAGCUGCAGCACUAUUUGGUGGGAAGAAGGACAAAGUAAAGUUUUUGGACAAUCACAACAAACUAGGAAGAGAUGAUGAUGAAAUAUAUAAGUUGAAGAGUGAUUUGAAGAAGAUGUCAUUAAACAACCAAUUGAGCAACAAAAGUCGAUCAGAUGAGGAGUCAAGGUUGUCUAGUAAGUUGCAGAUUGCCAAUGUCAAACCAGAGACCCCCUCACCAGUGAAGGAUAAUGAACAACAAAUCAGAGACUCCAUUAGGAUGAUAGUGAGAGGAACUUUGGGAAGCUGCAGCAGUAGUAGUGAAUCUCUUGAAGACAGUACCAUGGGAAGUGUUGCUGAUACAGUUGCUAGAGUACUAAAAGGCUGCCUAGAAAAUAUGCCAGAAGGAGAUUGUAUACCAAAACAGCAGUUGAGCUUCUCCUUCCAGUGGGUCACCAAGUGGGUGGAUUAUUCUAAUAAAUAUGGGUUUGGGUAUCAGUUGUCUGAUCACACAGUUGGAGUCCUCUUCAAUAAUGGAACUCACAUGAGCCUGUUGGCAGAUAAAAAAACCAUCCAGUACUAUGCAGAGCUGGGCCAGUGUUCCAUCUUUUCAGCACUUGAUGUGCCUGAAAAGUUCAUUAGUCAAGUGACAAUUCUGAAGUAUUUUGCACACUACAUGGAAGAAAAUCUAAUGGAGGGUGGUGAUCUGCCUAGUUCAACGGAUGCCCAGAAGCCCAGACUGUGUCUCCUUCAAUGGCUAAAAUCUGACCGUGCUUUAAUGAUGCUCUUUAGUGAUGGCACAUUCCAGGUGAACUUUUAUCAUGAUCAUACAAAAAUCAUCAUUUGCAACCACAAUGAGGAGUACUUGCUUACUUAUAUCAAUGAAGAUAGAGUUUCUACCACGUUCAAGCUCUCGACACUCCUAAUGUCUGGAUGCUCCCAAGAACUUCGUACCAGAAUGGAAUAUGCAUUGAAUAUGGUGCAACAAAGAUUUAAUUAAAAGAUUGGACUGAAGCUUGGCCAUGGCUUCCUUCAAUUUUGGAACUGACCCAAGGUAACCAUCUGUCAGGCGGUACGAGGAACUUGUAUUUCGUUUGGUGUGCUGGGCCGGUACCAGACAGAUGCGUUUUACAAUCCUGCUUUAUUGGACUGACUUUUAAAGGGAUAAAUGCCUGAAAUGUGGUAGCUGCCUGAGGAACUUCAGUAUUUUUGCAUUACAAGGAGAAAUGGAUUUUAUGUUGCAACAAAGCAGGGUGAUGUUGUGGCUCCCACGAGCAAGAGGAAAGUGCGCGGCAAGUGAAAUUGAAAGUAUUAGAGUACCUGGACUUUGCAAGUUGUAAGGACACAUGUUUUUUUUAAAUGCAGCUUAUGCUACUGGUUUAAAAUAAGACUUUGGUUCUUUGAACAGAGAACUAAGAAUUGAAACACAUUGCACCACAUUUUGUGGCUGGACAUAUUCAUUCCUUAAUUUAUUAUGCACUGAGUAUUUAUUAUUUAUUGACCAUCCUGCUCAAUGACACUUCUGAAAUGCUGAGCAAGUCACAGGUUUAAAUAUUAAUAAAGAUUCUUGAAUUCA